AUAAUCAUUGCUUCAAAUACUUCAAGUGGUAUAAAAUCAUCUACUGUUGCUAGUCACUCCCAGCUACUCGAGUCGAUAACAAGUCUUAUAUCAUUUUUGUCGGUACUUUCUAUUUCUUCAAGAGUUUGAAGUCUUGUGUUUUAAUUGAAGAAGAAUUUGAAACAUUCUCGAACGAUGGAGAUUUUUAUGACCGUUUUAACGAUUCUCGCUAUUGGCCUGGCACUUUAUUAUUUCCGUCUACGUGAUACGUCUUAUUUUAAAGAAAAAGGAUUGCUACACGAUUCUCCAUUGCCUAUAUUCGGCAAUAUGGCACCUUAUUUUUUUCGACGGAAACCUGUAUAUUUAAUAUUGGCAGAUUUAUACAAUAAAUAUUCACAAACAAAGUACUUCGGAUUUUACGAUUUCAUGAGCCCAGUUAUUGUACUUCGUGAUCCUGAAAUAAUCAAUUCAAUUGGGAUAAAAAACUUUGAUAACUUUUGCGAUCAUACUAGUUUCGUUGCUGAAAACGAACCCUUAAUGGCGAAGAACCUUUUUCAACUGCGUGGUGAUACAUGGCGUGAAAUGAGAAAAAUUUUAAGUCCUACAUUCACCUCGAGCAAGAUGAAGAUGAUGUUUGGAUUGGUACAAGAAUGUGCUGAAAACUUUGUUAAUCAUAUCGCGAUAAGGUCUGAAAAAGGUUGGACAACCGAAAUGAAAGACAUUUUUACGAACUACACGAACGACGUAGUAGCGACAACUGCUUUUGGUAUUGGUAUUGAUUCUAUAAAGGAUCCGAAUAACGAUUUCAUUACGCUCACUAAGACGGUUCUAAAUUUUGACAGUAUCGUUUCUACGAAAUUACUUUUGGGUAGAAAUUUUCCGUGGUUAUUCAAAACGUUGAACAUUAAACUAUUUGGUGAAAAAACACGUAUCUUUUUUCGCAACGUGAUCAUUGAUAGUAUUAAAACGAGAGAAGAGAAAGGUAUUAUUCGACCUGACAUGAUUCAAAUGAUGAUGGAAUCGAGAGAGAAAAUGCACAUAUCUUAUGAUGAUAUGACGGCACAAGCUUUCGUGUUUUUCCUUGCCGGAUCAGAUUCUACUGCAACGUUUAUGUGUUUUCUUGCUCACGAAAUAGCUGUAAACAAUGAAGUUCAAAUCAAACUGCGAGAGGAAAUCGAUCAAAGUCUGAAAAUAACAAAUGGUCAACCUACCUAUGAUGUUAUUAUGAAUUUGAAAUAUUUAGACGCAGUGAUCAAUGAAACCUUAAGACUAUAUCCUUUAACUUCUUUUGUGGAUAGAUAUUGUUCAAAAAGUUUGGAAUUACCGCCGGCAAUACCUGGAGGAAAAUCAUUCACGUUAAAACCUGGAACAAGCGUUUGGUUUUUACCUUAUUCCAUACAUCGUGAUCCAAAAUAUUUUCCAAAUCCAGAGAAAUUUGAUCCAAACAGAUUUAUUGAUGGAAACAUUGAUCCAUUUGUUUAUUUUCCAUUUGGUAUUGGACCAAGGAUUUGUAUAGGCAAUAGAUACGCUCUUAUGAUUUGUAAAGUCGUAUUUUUCCAUCUCUUAGCUCGUUGUGAACUUGAGAUAUGUUCUAAGACUUCGAUACCAAUAAAAUUUAGUAAAAAGAGCAUGGUCAUGACGGCUGAAAAUGGUUUUUGGUUGAAAAUUAAUGCUCGAAAAUCCACCCUACCGGAAAUAAUAAAAAAUGGUGAAAUAAGUAAUAACGUUGAACGUAAAUAAUUGAAGAAGUAAAUAAUAAAAUCAGGUAGAGUGAAAUUCUGAUUGAAAUUACUCACUAAAGAUGGUAAUAAAUAGUAAUAAUCGUGCUUCGGUAAAAUCGAGUAAUACAAUUAAUACAAAUACGAUAAAUAAAAAUUGGGUGUAGUAAUAUGAAGAAAAUUUGAAAAAGUAGUUCUACGAUAGAAAAAGAUUCUGUUGUAAUAUAUCGAAUAAUAGUGAAUAAAAGAAAUGCUAAUUUGCAAGAAAAAAAUAA